UGGGGGGCCUCCCUUCCACUCCAAAUCCAAGACUUCAAAAACUUUUGGGCCCCUUUGGAUGCCUUUGUCGGUCGUCUCAGACUGUGACCUCUUGCCCAUUCUUCUCCUUCUUCCCCUCCAAAUCACAGCCCUACACGUACCCUUUUCCCCAUAAUCAAUCCCCAUAAACUUGCCGCCCAAGACCGAAGAUAGCUGCCCUUCACUUCAACUUGAGAGAGUAAAAAACAGAGCAGCGCAGAGCAGAGCUGCUGAACUGCUUUAACGUUGAUUCUACAGUGAUUACUGUCAAAGAUCUUAUCGUACAACUUAAUGCUUCAAAAAAUUAACCCCUCCCCUUAGUCCCUCUCUUCUUCAUCGAAAAACUUCAUCUGCUCAGAUAGAGCAUGCGCAUCAGCAGAAGCAGAACCUCUUGGGGGUCUUUGUACUAAUUUUUCUGACUGACCCUCUAGAGUACAUUAAAGAUAGGUACUUUCUGGGCCAGCUCUCUUGUGUACUUAUUUCCUCAAUCGAGACCCACCCCCACGUUGUUUUCUUUGUCUGCGCUCCGUUGCAAUCGAGAAAAUGAUGGGGUUUCUUCUUCUUCUUCUUUAAAGGGAGUUCCCUUUUCCAAUUUGACUUUGUUUCUCCAUUUGGUGCUCUGAUUUAAUUCCUCAUCGUUUUGGGUUUCUGUGAACACGCGUUGGUGUUGCCUUGUCGGGUUUUGUUUUUUUGAACUAUUGGAACUGGUUAGGUCAUUUUCUUGCAGAUAUCGAUCUGGGUUUUGUUCUUUUGAAGGUGAAAAAGGAGGAGGAAGCUUCAACGGCUUAAUGGGUUAGCUGGUUUUCACUUGCGUAGUCGUUUUUUUCUCGUCGUUAUUCAUUGAGAGAGAGAGAGAGGGAGAUUAUUGAAUAGAGAGAGAAAGUGUGGGAAAGGGGAAUAAAAGGUAAGUAGGAUAGAAACUUCUUUUGCCCCGCCCCCAUUGGAUUCCUUCUUUGGUUUUGUGUAUAUAUUUGCAUUGGGGUUUCUUUUGGGUGUUUUAAUAAUCAAAAGCUGAAGAAGAAAUGGCAAGUCGAUGGUGGGCUGAAAAUAUACCCACCACCACAGAUAGCAGCACCACCAACCCUUAUUCGACUCCAUUAAAGCAAAGCUUAGAAGCUGCGGAUGAAGAAAACAACUCCGGCAGCUAUGAGAGAGCUGAACCAGGCACCGGCUCCACCACGCGCCGCCCACGUGGUCGGCCGCCGGGAUCCAAAAACAAGAUGAAGCCUCCGGUGGUAGUCACCAAGGAGAGCCCCGAUGCUCUCCGGAGCCACGUUUUAGAAAUCGGCAGCGGCUGCGACAUCGUCGAAAGCAUCUCGAACUUCGCUCAACGCCGCCAGCGAGGGGUUUCUGUCCUCGGUGGAAAUGGGGUUGUCGCCAAUGUCACUCUAAGGCAUCCGGCCGCCCCUGGCAACGUUAUUACUCUACAGGGACGGUUUGAUAUAUUGUCGCUCUCCGGUGCCUUUUUGCCUUCCCCUGCUCCACCAGGGGCUACCGGACUAACAGUCUACUUGGCUGGCGGGCAGGGGCAGGUCGUUGGUGGCAUUGUCGUCGGUGCUCUCAUUGCAACCGGUCCGGUUAUUGUCAUUGCUGCUACCUUCACCAAUGCCACAUACGAGCGGCUACCGCUUGAGGAUGAGGAGGCAGCUGCCGGAGACAAGUCCGGAAAUAGCCAAAACAAUUCAACUUCUCAGAGCAUGGGGGAUCAGCAACAGCAGCAGCCUUCAAUGGGAAAUUACAAUAUGACUUCAAAUUUGGUGCCAAAUGGUCAGGUUUCUUCUCAUGAUGUGUUUUGGAGUCCUCCUCGAGCCCCACCUCCAUUCUAACAGAUAUAUAGAGAAACAUAGAGGGAGUGAAAGUGAUAGAGGAUUGAUAAGUUAAUUAGGUGCUAGUUUUGUUUGAACUUUUAAGAACUGAUUAAAUUUCUUUUUUCUGCAAAACAUCAUGGCAAAUUAUCUGUAAGCAUAUAAAAUAACUAUGAUCUUAUGGGAAUACUUCUUUCUAUAUGCAUUGCUCUAAUUCUCAUCUUUGUCAGAAUCAAUGAAUCUAUAUAGUUUUGUGGGUGAACAAAUCGAAUUCGAGUUUGGAGCCACAAUAUUCCCUAAUCAGGUGGUUUGCGAUAGUUUGUCAGUAGGGUCGACUUCGACGUUCAAGCUUUUCAACCAGAAUAGAGAGAGUUCGUAAUAUCGGGGACUGUGUUGGCGAGGCUGUGGAGCUGCCAUGAAAGAAUGGAUGUGAUCUUGGUUUAAAAGCACCCAAUGCUAUGUUUUGUACACUUCUCUUAACUCUAUUUCUCUACAAUCCAUUCGUUCAUGACUCGAAUGGCUUUUCUUUUAGUGCUUUGAACUUCUUGGAGUAAAUUAACAAAUAAUGGUUUUGGUA